UUAUUACAUAUUACACAUACGGUUUUGGGAUUUACAGAAGAAAAAAGAGGGGAAAAGAGUGACAUAAUUCAAGUUGACAACGUUGAGCUGAGCUGGGGUUCUCAGAUAACAUUCGUUGGAUCUGAUUUCAUACUUUGUUUGUUGUCUAUCUUUUAUAUUCUGAGAACUAAGAACAGAGAGCUGAAAGAAACUGCCAUGGACGCUCUGAGGAAACAAGCCAGCAAGCUCAGAGAGCAAGUUGCCAAACAGCAACAGGCAGUAAUAAAGCAGUUCAGCAGUAGUGGUUAUGAGAGUUCAGAUGUUGUGGUCAUCGAUGAGGUCGAAAUGCAGAGGCACCACCAGCUGGAAAAGCUGUACAGGGCCACACGUGCAGGGAAGGACUUCCAGAAAGAAAUUGUUAAAGCAGCAGAAACAUUUACAGCUAUAGGUUAUAAGCAUAUUGAAACAGGAACGAAACUUUCUGAGGAUUGCUGUAAAUAUGGAGCAGAGAACAACAGUGACAACAUAUUAUCUAAGGCUGCAUCAGUAUAUGGUGAUGCCCGCAAGCAUGUGGAAAAGGAGCACGAAGAAUUAAAUCGGCUUUUAUCUACACAGGUAUUGGAUCCUUUGAGACAAAUGAUCAAUGGUGUUCCUUUGGAGGAUGCUCGCCAUCUUGCUCAACGAUAUAGUCGGAUGAGACAAGAAGCAGAAGCACAAAGAGAGGAGAUUGCUAGAAGACAAGCACGGGUUCGGGAAGCUCCAACUGCUGAACAGGUUGCCAAACUGCAUGCUGCGGAAGCAAGGAUGCAGGAGCUGAAAGCAAACAUGGCAGUUCUAGGUAAAGAAGCUGCAGCAGCAUUGGCUGCUGUUGAAGCACAACAGCAGAGACUUACUUUUCAAAGGCUUGUUGCCAUGGUUGAAGGAGAAAAGACUUUUCAUUUAAGAGUUGCAGCUAUUCUUGGUGAAAUUGAAGCUGAGAUGGUCUCAGAUAGACAGAAGAAAGAAUCUGCCCCUCCAGUAGGUAUUUCUGAGAAUGGCACAGAGAAAACAAUGUACUUCUUGGCUGAAGCAACGCAUCCCUUCAGUGGUGAAUCAGAAAAGGAACUGAGCUUUUCUAAGGGUGAUUUUGUUGUUGUGCGAAAGGUGAGCCAAUCAGGAUGGUCAGAAGGCGAAUGCAAUGGCAAAGCAGGAUGGUUUCCUUCUGCAUAUGUGGAGAAACGACAAAGAAUCCCCUCUAGCAAUAUGGCUGGUGAAGUUUACUAGGUUCUACUCAUCUUGUGCUAUUCAUUCUUUGUUCGUUUCCCAUAUUUGGUUUUGCACUGCACUGCUCAAAGAGGAUAAGAAAAAGGGGUGUAGAGGAUAGUGGAAUUGAUGGAAGUGUUACCCCAAAAUGAAGAAAAAGGAAAAAAGGGGUGUUAUAUACAUGUGGUCUGUCGUUGCUCAAGGGUGACACUUGACACUGGCUUUGCAGACAGUUUUUCCAUUAUUAUUAUUUUUUUUUUUACUUUGCGGCCACAGACACGGUUUUACUUUUAUCUUUUGUAUUGUAAUUGAUUGAUUGGAAUACAUGUGUCUUUGUUGAUGAUCAUUUCAUGUUUGUGGUAGUACAUAUUGGAAGAAUGAAGGAUGAUAAGAUUUAAAUUUGUACAAUCCCAAUGUAGCCCUAUAGGUCAUUAGGUCCAAUGGAAAGAGAUAUCUGAUUUUCUAGUAACUGAGGAUCGUGAUCCGCAAGACAGAACUAAUGGAACUGGGCCAUGUAUUACCCUAAAGUGAGAUCAUGUUCUUUUGGGGACUGUUUGAUCAAGUUUUAUACUUAGUUGUAGAGUACACUUUACUUUUAAAUGGAGUUUUUUUUUUUUGGGGUGAUUAUGAUUAUCAGUAUUUGAGA